AUGGAAAUGCUGGCAGUGUUCAAAUCUUGUGAGGAGCGGUCCAACCUCCCCCUUGUCUCUCCACAGGUCCAUUGGUUGAAACCACCGGUCAAUACCCUUAUCCUUAACUGUGAUGGGGCUGUGGGUCGUGAGCAAGGUGGUCGGGGUCUGGGGGGAUGUUGUCGUGAUCACGACGAAAACUUUAUUUGUGGUUUCCCAUAUUUUGGUCCACCUGGUCUGGAUGUUUUGGGCACUGAGUUGGUGGCUGUCUGGGAAAGUUUAUUGAUGAUUGGAUACAUGGGUUUUACUCUGUUUACCAUUGGUCUUGAUUCUCAAGAAGCUGUUACUAUUCUUAAAGAUGGGUUGGAUUGGUGGAGUAAUAUUGGUAAUGUGGUGAAGGAUGUUCGUCGGUUAAUGGUUGAUCGAGAGGUGGCUGGAGUGUUCUACCAACACCGGAAAGGUAAUGGGGUGGCACAUAGUCUAGCCCAGCAUGGGUUGAGAGCGAGAUCUCGACUUUUUUUGGAAGACCGUGCUCCUCCAUGGUUAAGCAUUCUUUUAGAUAAUGAUAUAGCUAUGGUGUAG